AUGGAAAAGCCUGAAAUGUUUUCGACUCCUCGAAAGAAGCUCCAAUCUCCCUUUCUCGCAAGAAUUCAAGCAGAUGAGAGCUGCAACUUCCCUUCUCCAGGAAUUUUGACGAACAAGAACAAGCAGACCUCAACUCCUUUCAACAAACGAUCGCCGAAAGAAGUCACCUUCCAUAUUCCAGACAUAUCCGUCAUCAACAGUGAAACACCACAGAGAAAGAGUAUCCAGAAGGAAAAUAAACUUCCACUGCCAAGAGUGAACAGUCCAGCAAAAAACAUCUUCUCUGACAUGGACUCGGACGCAUUUCACAGCUGCGUGGAAGAAUUUAGCGACGAUCAGUCUGAAAUUAAAGACUCCAAAGGGCGCAUCUUCCAUGAAAUAACAAAUGACAACGAGCAAUCCUUCGCAAAAGAUUUGAAUGAAAACUUGACGAAGUUUGAAACGCCAAAUGAGCAGAAGCAAGCUUCGAAACUUGCCCUCGAAAAGUCGAUCUACAUGACUCCCUCUGAAAAUGUGACGAUAAAUUUGAUGAAGAAAGAAAAACCGAUGUACUUCACACCUGCCGAAAAAUUAAAGGAUAGUCGAUUUGGAUCCGCUACGGAAUACUACACGCCGAAUUACAUCCCUCAAUCCCCUGCUCCGAGAUCAGGCAAACUUGAAGACGUAACCAACCGUCUCUCGAACUUGCUUGAUAAUAUCAGACCCACAAAUCAGAUGAUGCUCGAGGGCCGCAUCGACGAACUCGAAAGUCAAAAUCUCGAGUUGAAGCAAAAGCUGCUGGCAAUCACAGAAGAGCUCUCUUCCCUUGGCGCAUACAAUAUUCAAACAGACUUUCUUGAAAAUCUCCAGAUUCGAGUUGACACUCACAUUGCAAAAGUUCAUGAAAUAAUCGACGAAAUGUCCACUUUUGCGGAGGACAUCAAGGCGAAGAUCCGGAAGAAUAUGUCCGGGAAUAAAAACGCUCUCACACCUCCUGAAAAGGAGAAAGAAUUGGUGACAGAGGAUGAUCGAGGUCGGCGACUUUGGGAUCGAGGCGAGUACCAGAAGAUUGCUCAACAUCGUCUCAAAGUCGACAUGGAAAAAGCUACAAAAUACGGCCCAGACGCGAACCUUGAAAAGCGAGACUUGCCCAGCUCAAUGCGAGAUCCCGUUCAAGCUCGAAAGAAAAAGCUUGACAUGGAAAGUGGAAUCGGGAAAACGGUCGCGAUCAGUUUCGAAAACGGGAAUAACGGCAAGGGCUCUGGCGGAUACUACUGCUCAGUUUGUGAUGUCAAUGUCAAAGAUUCAAGAGCGUACUUGAACCACAUGAAUGGAAGAAGACAUCAGAGGAAUAUGGGCUUCAACCCUUACAAACUGCCAGAAUCAAGCGUCGUCGGUGUGAGACAAGUCUUCGCUGAUCGAAUAAAAAAGAUGGAAGAACUGAAAAAGACCGGAGGCAUGACCUUCGAAAAGCAACAAGCCGAGCGAAAAGCUCAAGCCGAAGCCGACGAAGAGUGGCACAAGCAAUAUAAGAAAGAAUGCAAAAAGGCGAAAAAGAGAAAGAUCGCCGCAGCUUGUGAAAGUCUCGAAGAUCCACUAUCAGCUUCAGUAAUGGGCUUUGCUUCAUUUGGCGCCAAAAAGAAGCAUUGA